GCCCGAAUCGACUUUGAAAAAUAUAGAGAACUUUCAAUGUUUUAAGGCGUAAGGGUAAUCGUUUUCGAUCAAAACACAUCAGAUUGCCAAUGAAGUUCAUUCUUGAAUCUAUCACAAAGGAAGGAUGUCGAUGUGGUAUCAUCAAGGAGCUUGGGAGUCGUGGCAACCUGGCCAUCGACACACCAACCUGUUUAUUGUACACCAGAGCUGGCGCUGUGCCCCAUCUGACAUGGGAUCUUGUUGAGAAAAUGAAGCGCAGGCCGCAGUGUUUGCAGAUGACCUGUGCUACCUUUGCUGACCAGCAAGACUCCCUCUCCAGGUUUGGGAAAGGGAUUGCCGAGUUUGCCAGCAUUCCUGCCAAUGGGAUGAUCUACUCCAGCAUCCAAGACCCUGCUCACCCAGCACCAACAGGAUAUAAUGAUAAAAACAGUGUCUCCAUCUUUACCCCUUCUGGAAGGACUAAGAUUGAUGUGGGACUGUUUAUUACUCUACAAGAAGCUAUCCAGCCUGACUGGUUUGAGGCAUUAUGUGAUGGGGACACACCUCAAGGGUGUUCAGUCAAAAGAACCAGGAAAGCUGUCGACAGAACCCUCACCCUCCUUGAUACCUGCCUUGAGGCGCAUCAAAAGUCAGAGAUACUCCGUAAUUCUGACAUCCUUGGCGUCAUCGAGGGUGGUCAGAUAGUGGCAGAGAGGCAGCGGUCAGCAAAGGAAACUGCCCUGAGACCGGUAGCUGGUUUUGUGGUGGAUGGUGUCAUUGAUCAAGAGAUGGACAGUAGUACCAAGUGUGAAAUCAUUCAAGCUGUCCUGAAAGAGCUUCCAGAGAGCAAACCUAGACUCCUACCUGGUGUCAGCAAUCCAAGCGAUAUUCUAGAAGCAGUGGAGGCAGGGAUAGAUAUCUUUGAUUCUUCAUAUCCAUACAAAGUUACACAGAGAGGUUGUGCUCUAGUGUUUCCUUUAUAUGGACUACCGGACUCUUCAGGUAUAGUAGAUGCGGAAUCUGCAGACUCAAACCAAUCUCAGCAGGUCUAUACCUCUGGUAAUGGUCCACAGGUCAAUAUGUCUGGUGAGGGUCAAGAAGAGAAUGGUCAACUUGAUCUAAGAUUUGAGCUGGAUCUUUCAGAUUCAAGGUUUGCUGAAGAUUUUAGCCCAGUUUUUCCAGGCUGUGACUGCUACUGUUGUACGCACCACACCAAGGCAUACAUCAACCAUCUUCUCAAUGUCAACGAACUAUUAGCGAGAGUGUUACUCAUGACUCACAAUUGCCACCACUACUUUGAGUUCUUCCACUCCAUCAGGACAUCAUUGAAAGAAGGGACAUUCCAGAAACUGAAAGAUACCAUCAGCAGCAGAUGACAUUGGCCAUGCAGCUAGUAGUAGGUUAUUCUUGUAUAUAAUGCAACUGACAGACCUAACAACAUCCAACUUGAUGCCAGCUUUCUUUUUUUUUAAGUCUAUUAAUUAACUCUAUUCCCACACUGCAAUAUCAUGUAUUACAACAUUGUGAAUGGACUAGUAUGAGUUAUACAUCCAAGUUGUUGCCAGCAUUUUCAUUCAGUAAAGUUCAUUAAUUAAGUUCAUUAAUUAACCCUAUUCUGACUUCACAUUUUCAUGUAUGGACUAAUAUGAGUUAUACAUCCAACUGGAUGCCAGCUUUUUUUAAAUUUCAUCAUUAAUUAGCCCUAUUCGGACAUCACAUUCUCCUGUAUUACUGCAUUGUGAAUCGACUAGUUUAAGUUCUACAUCCAACUUGAUGACAGCAUUUUCUUAUAAAGUUCAUUAAUUAAACCUCUUCCCACGUUGCAUUCUCAUGCAUUCAACAAGUACAAAAGAUGGCCUAGAUUUCAAUAUGUGCCUGCUCAACUCUCCCCUUUUAUUUUAAAGAGAUCUGAAACAUUUUACAAUUAUAAAAGAAAUUCCAGACAACUGCUUUUGAAAUCCAACUUCGUAUAGCAAUCAAACAUAACCCACAUACAAUUAUAACAUGUACAUCUUCCAUACAUUGCACAGGCUUUUGGAAGUCAGACUAAAACUGAAAUUAUGCUUCAACUCUCCCCCAUCUCCCAAUGUACUAUGAAUUUCUAGGAGACUUUCACAUGUUUAGUUGUGUGAUAAUACAUGUACCAUACUGACUUGGAAGUAGUGAUAUAUUGAAUUCUUGCCAUGUGAGUCUCGAGAUUAACCUGGGUCCCGUAACACAAAGGUUAGCAAUUCAUCAUUUGUUUGAUUUUCACGAUUGAGUGUGCAUUGUAGUCUAUGCAAUCAAACAUAGAAAAAUGUUCUACGAUCAUUGUUAAGCUUUGCGUUACAGGCCCUUGAUAGAUUCCUCUGACAUUUCAAGAGGUGGGAAAUCAUGUGAGCAUAACAGACCCAUUCAUGUUGUGUUUCUCAGAGUGUUAUUAAAGGCCAUCACAUUCCUUACGACUGGUCCAUGAUCCAAUUUAUGGAACAAAUCGCAUUUUGCUCAUUUUAUGAAAAAAAAUGUCAAUGAAAAGUAUCUUUUUAUUUGAGGUUCAGGUUAACUGAAAGAAUAUCAAUAUAACAAUGUUGGAUGAUUGCAAACCUUUAUUUUGUUGGAGUAAAGGCCAAAGUAGUUUCAAAUCGUAGCCAAUGGUAAUGUGGCGUAACUGGGCUCUGUCGGGUUAGCGUUCUUGCCACUGUGCAGUCUCCAAAAGCCAGUCCAUGCUUUUCUUCACUUAUAUACCUCUUUUGGGGGCAGAUUCUCCCACAAAAAUCUAUUGUGUAACGUGAUACAUCUCCCUGAAAUACAGAAUCAAGCACUAGCACUCGCCUUAAAGAAACCAAAAUGGAGAGAUCCCGUGUACAGUAAGUCUUGAUUUAAUCGGAGCUGACUGUACACAAUCGUACAUCAUCGCAGCUCCUAGCGAUCUGACAUACUUCUCAAAGUUAUUACAUCAAAAAUAUAUAUAGCCCUCCACGAUCAACUAAGUUAUGCAAGUUGUUAUGCUACACAGCCCAUCCCCAAGUCUGGGCUGUCCUCGGACCACAUGUAAAAAUUAAUGUAUCCUUGUAAACACUCAUCUCAAUCUUCAUAAGUAAAACAUCUUUCGCAAAAAAAAAUAAGUACAAAAUAAAGAAAGUAUAAAACACAUUGUUAAAAAUGUACAGGUAUAUACAAUGGCAUAGCACAUAAAGAAAGCACUGUUCUCACACUUGAAUGACUUUAUAGAUGUUUCUAAGACCUUUCCUAAAAAACAACAUUCUUAGCUUCAUGUCCAAACAUGAGGUUU